AUGACUGACUUACCUCCUAUUCAAAAUUUGAGAAAACAAUCGUUACUUGGACCUGAGAACAUUAUGAGUUAGAAUCAUAAUUUAAAUUCAUUGCCUUAAAAUGUAGAGAAUACUAAAUGUUAAAAGUAAUUAGUAAUUUUAAUAAAGACGAAACUUCAAUCUGAAAAUAGGUGAUAUAAUCUAUUUUAAAUCUUAUUUGAGUGAUGAUUUUAAAGGAGUGAUAUCUGGUGAUGGAAUUGCAAGCAAUAAAUUAGAAUGUAUUCAGAUAUUAGGUAAAAAUAAAAUACAAGAUGUCUAAUCUAAAAAAAGCUUGUAACAUAGAGUUGGAAGCCUAUCAUUCUAGAAGAGUUUAUUUUAAAUAAUAACAGGAAAAAAAUACUAAUACUAAAAUUAAUACAAUGAGGUAAUAGAUAAACCAAUAGAUCAAAGAAAUAAUAUAAAGGAAGAUGAGAUAUAUUAGAUGGAAGCUGAUAAAUUAUAUUAAGAUCAAUUGAAAAUAUUGUAAGAAUUUAAAAAAAAGUCUGAUGAUGAAUAAAAAGAAAAUGAGAGGUUAUUUAAUCAUUUGUCUGGAUCCAAUAUUGUUUAUGGAUAAGAGAUUUAAUUAUUACAUAUAUAUUCAGGAUGCACACUUUCUUUGAAUAGUAAUAUUUUAGCUAAAUAAAAUUGUUGUAGAGAAUUAUCAUUAGAAGAAAAUUCAAAUGAAAAUUCAAACUUUAGAAUUCUAUCUAUGAAUUCUGUUAAAAAUCCAGGGGAACCAAUAUUAUAUGGAGACUAAAUUAUUCUUUAAAAUUCUAAUUUAAUACAAUGGAAUUUAGGAAUACAAAAACCAUCUUUAAAAUUUGAAAAGUAAGAUGGUUUAGAAGUAAAUGCAUCUGAAUAAGCAUAUCCAUUAAAAAUUUCAAGUUAUAUUGAUCAUAAAACAGAGGAAGAUAUAAACAAAUAACAAAUAAAAGGGAAGUAUUUAUAAAGUGGAGAUGUUGUUACUAUAAAAAAUAGAUAUUUAGGAGGAUAUUUAUGUAUUAAAAGAAUAUAAAGAAUAACAGAAGGAUUAGAUAAAAAAUCAUUAAUUGUUAAAGAUUAUGAAACUAAUAUUAAUUAUGCUAUGAAUCAAUAUUAUUUUGAUGUAGAUAGAAUUAGAAAUGAAAAAAUAGAUUAAAUGUAUUAAUUGUAUGUAGAUACUAAAAAUGGAGCAGAUUAAAAUUUAAGUUCUCUCUGGUAAAUUUAACACAUUGAUAGUUUGAUAUAUUAAAGACCAACUUAUGAAAGUGUAUUUUUGAUUAGACAUGUAUGUACAGGAUUAUUUUUAUAUAUAACAAAUAGAGGAGUUGGAUUAACAUAUGAUGGAUUAAAAUCAGAAUGCUAAUUUAAUUUGAAAUCAAAAAAAACAUCAAAUGAUUAUAUUUCUUAUAGUGAAGCUUGUAAAAUAUAAUUAGCACCUAAUAAUUCAAUUGAUAAUUCUAUUUCUUAAGAUGGGAUAGUUAUUGUUUGUAUAAAUGAAAAUAAAGUAGCUUUAUAAAGGAAAAGCUAAAAGAAAAACAUUGAAAGAGCAACUUUUUUAUUAAAGUAAGCUCCUUAAGAUCUCUCUAAAAUAUCAUAUAGAAUAAAUUCCCUUUAAGAAUAUUUAAUAUAAUUUUACAUUUUUUUAUAAGAUUGGGGAAUAGUUAAAUGUAUUGAAUUAAAUUAAGAAGAAAAACGAAAAUAUGAAUAUUAUGAAGCUUUCAAUAAUUAAAAACUAUUAUUUGAUGAAAUCUAGCAACUCUUCCAAACUUUAGAUAAUUUAAAAAUGUAUUUAACAAAUGAAGGAAAACCUUAAUCUAAUGAAUAAUAACAAAAGAAAUAAUAAGCUUUAAUGGAUAAUGAUAUUAUUAAUCUACUUUUUGCUAUUUAAAGAUUAUGUAAUUGUAUGAUCUAUGGAAAUCUCUAAGAGAAUAAUUAUAAUAUUCCAGAUAAAAGUCCUUAAAAAAUAGCUAAGAUGAAAUUAGAUCCUAUGGUUACUUAAUCAUAAAAAUAAAAUUGCAUUUAAGAAAUAUAUUACGUAUUAAGUCUAUGUGUUUAAUGUAAUCCAGAAACAAGCAACUAUGUUUUAAACUUAGAAAUGAAUAAAGAGAGUAUUUUAGAGUUUCUAUUAAAAUAAUUGAAAAAUUAGAGAGAACAUGUUUCUAAUCUUAUUAAAGAAAGUGUACGUUAUACUGAUAUGAGUGAUGCAAAAAGUAGUAUAAAAAAAUGGGUAAAUGAACUCUAGCCUAUAACUGAAGUUAAUAUAGAGGAUUAAGCACUUUAUAUUGAAAUUUUAAGUUUGAUGAUGAUUGAUCCAUAUGAAAAUCCUAAUUCUUUAUGUCAAGAUACAUGUAGAAGAUUAUUAUUUGGAACAAAAAAUAAACCAGAUUCUUCACUUCCAUUUCAAAAAGCAUUAAUAGCAUUAGAUAUUUAUGAAGAAAACUCAAAAUAAUAUCCAGUUGUCUAAUUUUCACCAAAAAGAGAAAAAGGAACACUUCUAUAAUUAUCUCAUUUAUUUGGAUAAAACAACCCUACUUUUUGUUAAUUAUAUUUAAGAUUUGUUGAAAAGUAGAAUAAAAUAUCAUAAAGAUUUAAUACAAGAAGACCUCCUUUAGUUGAUAUUACUUUAGAUUUCUUUACUACAGAGACAUUAAAAGAAAAUUAAUUAGUAAGAUAAGAAGAUCUAAAAGUUGUUUUACCAAUAUUUUUAAAAUAUGAAAAUUAUUUAAUAAACGUUAUGGAUUUAUAUUCAUCAUUAUGUAAAGGAAGAAAUUAAAAAAGUAUUAAAUGUUUAAUGAAAAAUUGCUUCUUAAAUGAAAAAUUCUUAGAAAUUUGUUUAUAAAGAUAAUAAAAUAUUAAAACAGAACUUAGAUUUGAGAGAACUUUGAUAGAAUUAUUUUGUAAUUUAUAUCUAGAUAUUGAUCCAUUAAUUAAAAUAUCAUAAUUUGAUAAUAAAUGUUUUUUGAAUGAUGAUUUAGAUCAAUUUGAUAUAUAAAAUCAAUCAGGAAUAUAUUUCUAUGAAAAUAAUGCAUCAAAGUAAUUGAAAAGAAAUGAAGACUAUUAAAAAUUUAUAAAUUAAAAAGAUUCAAAAACAGAACACUAAUAUUUGAAAUUGUAUGCCUCUAAAAUUCUAUAAAGAAAAUCAAUAAAUGAUAUUAGAAUACAUUAUUUAGAAAUGUUUAUUUCAAUUAAUUAUCCAGAUCAUUUUAAAGUGGAUGAAUUUAAUAAUAAUAUACUUUAACCUUAAAAAUCAGUAAUUCAAUAAACCAACAUUAAUUAUAAAAGAUUAGCUCAUUAUUAAUUACAAUACUUUUUGGGAGUUUUAUAAAUUAUAAAAAAUAGUAUUGAUUUAGGAUAUAAUGAAUUAGUUGAUAAUUAAUAAGUAUUUUCAGUAUUACCUAAUAUUUUUGUAGCAUUAAUUUUGCAAUAAAGAACAGAAGAUUAAUAUUAAUAAUUUUAAGAAAAUGAAAAUUUUAAUUCUAAUUUAUAAAAAUUAACUUAAUCGAUUGAAAACAAUGAUUGGGUAAAAACAUAUUUACCUACUGCUGAAGAACUAUAAGCUAAGAGAAAAUCUAAAAAUAAAACAAUAGAUCCCAACAAUAAACAUGACCAACUUGAUAAACCUGAUAAAUAAGAUAUUUAAUUUAAAAGAAAUUGGAUUCUUUUCUUUUUGAUGUGGACAUUUUAAUAUUGUGAUGAUAACUUAUUAAAAAUGAAAAUUUAUUUAGAAGCCCUUUAAAUUUUAAAGAUUCUAGGUUCUUUAAAAUUGAAUCUAUAAAUAUUAUAGUUUCUAUUUAGCAAAUAAUAAUAUAAUGAGUCAAAUUCAAGUUCUCCUAGCUCUAGAGAUUAAGAUUUUGAUGAUUUUAAUGAAAUUUAAAAAAAUGAUUAGGAAGAUUUAAUUAAAUAAUAAAAAUCUCUAGCCUAAAGAACCAUUUAUAAUGUUUUUAAAGAACCUGAUGGAAAUAGAUUUAGUGCUUUAUUAUUUUCUUGUUUACUUUCAUCAGAAAAAAAAAAUAAAUUAAAUGAAGAAAUACUUCAAAUUUUAAUUGAUAAUCUACAUUAACCUAAAAACUCAACAAAAGAAAUCAAAGAAGUAGAAAUAAUUGAUGAUUUAAUGGAAUUAAAAUAUUUUUCAAUUAUAAAUGGAAAUUCAAGUGCAGUUUAGAUCAUCAGUCCAAAAGAAGCAUAAGUUUUAACAAAAAGAGCAGUUAAAUUCAUUAAAAAUACAAGAAGAAAAAAAAAUACUCAAAAACGCAUAACAUCUUUUGAUUAAUUAAAAAAUUAUUAAUCAAAAAUAAUAGAAUAAUUUGAAUCAUUCUUUAAACCAAAUUCUUAAGAAAUUAUAUAUUUAAGAUCUUUUUAAAAUAUUGUUAGAAAUGCAGGAGUUCAUUUAGUAUUUCUAGAAUUUUUAAUAGAACCUAAAAAUAUUUGUAGUUCACCUGAUAUCGUUUAAUUUUAUAAGCGAUUAAUUUUAUUUUUUGAAUAUUUCAUAAAGGAUAAUGAAACAAAUAUAGGAAUUUUAGCAUCAAAUAAGUAUUUGUAUAAAUUGCUUGAUAUAAUAUAAAUUGAAUAAUAAGAAGCUGAAGAUUGGUAUUACAUUCCAUUAAAAAUAACAAAGAUUUUCAUAUUAUUAAUUUCAAAAAUUUCAACAUCUGAGCAUGCUAAUUUGAUAAUCAAUAUUUUUGAGAGGAUUAAAGAAUUAGGAGAGGAUUUAAUGAAAAGUUAAGAAUUUUUCGUGAAUGCAUAUAGUAUGAAAGAUGAUUAUGUUGAAACAAAAAUUACUGCAAGAUAAAAAAAUUUAGAUGGAGUUGCUUAUUAUAGUUUAAUUCAAUAUUUGAGAAUUUUAAAAUCAUUAACAAAAACUUUUGAAACUCCUGCAGAAUAAUCUCCUUUGAAUAAACAUUUGAUAUUAAACUCUAUAUUGAAAAAUGAUUUUUUGAGAAUAGUUUUAGAACCUAUAAAUUAUUAUCAGAGAAUAUUAAUACCUGAAUAAGGAUAAGAGUAAUAAAUUUUGAAUGUUAAUGAACAUGAUAGUUUACAUUAUCAUAGAAUAAAAUUACAUGCUUAAUUAAUUAUGUUAAUAACAGAAUGUUGUUAAUAUUACAGAUUAGGUAUUUAAGAAAUGUAAAGAAUCAUAUUAUAUGAAUAAUUAAAAUAAAUUCUUUUGCAUCCUAAUUCUGAAUAUAUUGUUAAGAGAGCAUAUUUACAAUGCUUAUUUGAAUUAUAUAUAAAUAAAGUAAAAGAAGGUAAUUUAAGUAAUGAUACUGUUGAGAGUGAUGAAGUGAGAGACAUUUUAUCAAGAAUAAUUAUUCCAGAAUUAGAUUAGAAAUAAAUAUGCAAGCUUUUAGAAGGUUUAGCAAAAUUAAUAAAUUAAGAUAAAAACAAAAAGGUUCCUUAAAAAAAUUUGAGAGAAUAAAUUACAAGAUAAAAAUAAAAUUAUUUUGAAAAAAGAUUGUCUAUAGAUUAAAAUUCAGAUAAAGAAUUAGGUAUACUUAGAGAUAGUAGUGAGUUUUGGACAUAUUUGAGAAAGAAUGGUAUAAUUCAUUUUUUAGUAUACACAUAUGAUGAAAUGAAGGAUAGAAUUGAUAUUGAAAAUCCUGAGAAUUCUAAUUUAUCAGAUGAAUUUGCUAUUAUUAAAUAAAAUGUAUAGAAAAUUAAAGAAAUAUUUAAUGUUUUAGAAAGAGAUUUUCGUGUAAAAAAAGAAGACUUAGAUUUAGAUGAUUAUAGAGAACUUAUUAUAUCUAUAGAGGAAAUUAUACCUUAAAGAAAAAUUACAAAGUUUGGUUAGAAUUUUAGAAUUGGAUUUAUAUAAGAUAAAAAUGCUGAUAAAUUAUUAUUUGAUAAAUAUGAUACACUAAAAGAAGAUUAGACUGGAGAAAAAAAACUUUAAGAAUAAGAUAAUGUUUAGAGGAUUGAGAACCCAUUUAGAAGAAACUUUAAAAUAUAUUUAAUUAGAUAUAAGUUAAAUAUUUAUUAAUUUUGUUUAUUUAUUGAAAAAGAAAAAUCAGAUGAAUAAGAAAAAUCAAAAAAAAUUUUAAAGACUUGCAACAUUUACAAAUAAUAUAUUUAAUAAAAUGAUAUUGAUUAUAUUUAUAAAAAUGAUGUUGCACGAAUAAAAAAUUAGGAGUCUAUAAAUAAUAGAAAAUAAUCAUUUACUGAUUGGGAUCUAUUUAAAUAAGCAAUGAGAGAACUUUUUGAAAGGAAAUUUAAUGCAAAUAAUACUAUUUAAGAAAUUUAAACAUAUUAACGUUAAUAAGAAAGUUUAGAAAAACUAAAAAUAGACUUUUAGUUGGCUACAAUAAGAUUGAUAGCAAAUUAUUAUAAAAAACUAAAAGGUUAACUUAAAUAGAAUAUAAAUUUAAUAUCGGAAGAUGUUUAGAUAGAAUUAUUAAUUAAGACAUUAGAGAGAUAAUAAACGAAUGUUUUUAAUAUAGAUAAUCUUUAAAUUUUUUUAAGAAAGUGUUAAGAAAUAUUUUUAGAUAAAGAAAUUUAUUUAAUAAAAUUAUGUCGAAUAUUUUUAUCACUUAAAAGACCAACUUAAGAUGAAAUAGAUUCAUUAACAGAAGCAAAGGAUGAAGAUUCAAAAAAAACAGUUAGAGAAAAGAAGGAAGCAUAUAUAAGAUUUUAAAAAGCUAUGGCUGAUGGAUAACUUGAUAUAUUAGCAUUUGAUAUGUUAAAUUAAAAUGAUGUUUAAUAAAAAAUAGAAGCUUUAUCUUUUCUUAUUCAUUUGUUGGAUUAUGGAAAUGAGUAUGUUUAGAAAAAGUUUUAUAAAUUAUUAAAAGAAGAACAAGUGAAAUAAAAAUUUUUAAUUUUUUUAAGAGGUUUUUUCUUAAUAAAUUUGGACGUUAGAAUUACAGAAUUAGAAUAAAGUAAAAAUCAUAAUACUGAAUAUAAGCUUCUAUGUCUGAAGGUAUUAUAAUUACUUCAAGCUUUAUGUGAAAAUGUAAAUAUGGAAUUUUAAAAAUUCUUAGUUUUUUAAUAUGAUGAUGAUUCAUAUUAAGCCAAUAUUAAUAUUGUAAAUGAAGUUGCCAGUUUAUUAGCUGAUCUUUUAGAAAAAGGAUAAAAAGCUUUUAAUAAAUUAUAAGAAGUAUAUAGGCAAGCAUUAGAAAGUUUGGUUGAAUUUUCUACAGGAUAUGUAGAAAAUAAAAAAGAGUUAUGCAAAAAUUCUAGAUUGUUUACUUUAUUAAAUUCAAUUUUAUAAAUAUCAGACUUAUAGAAUUUUCAUUAAAUCUAACCAGAAUAGGAUGUUGUUCAAGAAAAGUAAUAAUUUAAUUUAUCUAUGGAUGAAGAUUUAGUUUUAGAUGUAGAUGAAAUUGGAUAAGAUAAAGGAAAAAGGAAAUAUACUACAUAUUAAACUUUGUAAUCAUUUAUUAAAUUGCUUUUAUUAUUGACAUAAGGAAGAGCAGAUGUAGAAUCAUUAGAAUUCAUAUUAAACACUGUUAAUAUUACUAAUCUGAUAAGAAUAGCUAAAUCUAUAUAUGAAGAAAGAAUCCAACCAAAAUAAAGGAAUAUAGUUUUAGAUAAUAUUUGUGAUGAAUCAGAAACAGGAAUUCAUUAAAAUUGUACUAACAGUCUUUGUCAUUUUGGAUUAAGAACAGAUGAAGAUAAUAUGUUAAUAUAAACAGGAUUUAAUAUAUUCAUUAUUUGUCUUAAAUUAUCUGAACAUUUUCCAUUAGAUCCUUAAUUGAAAUUAUUUGAAUUUGAUUAAGAAUAGGAGGAACAUGAAGAAUUGUUAGAUUCUGAUGAUUUUCAAGAAGAAGAUAUAUAAAGAAAGAAGACAUUGUCAAAUCAAAAAAUAUUACCAAUAAAUCCAGAAAGCAAAUAUGAUUUAAACUAAGAUGAAAAUGAUAAUAAACUAAUUAGAGAAGAAUAUUAUUAAACUUUAGACUUAAAUAUUAAAAACAUACUAGAGGAAGUUCGAAAUAACCCUAAAUUUAUUUUUGAAAGAAGUUAGAGAUUCUUUAAAUUUUAUAGACAAUUUACAGGAAGAAUUGAAAUUCAAAAUGAAAUUAAUCAAUUAGAAAAGGUAUACUUUUAAAAACCAUUUAUUUGUAAUUUUAUUACUCCAAAUAUAAAGUAACAUUUGAUUUACGAAAUCAAUAGAGAAACAGAUGAAGAUAGAAUGUUAGGAUUAAUUGAGUUUUCUGAAUUUUAUUAAAUUUAAAUGAGGCAUUCACAAUAAAUUAACAAUAGAAAAAUUAUGCGCUUUGGAGCUGUAUAUUGGAGAUUAUUAAAAGAUUUAUCAUUUUUAUUAUGCUUAAUAAUUGUUGUAUUACUCAUUUUUAUGCAUGAUACAGUAAUAAAUAGUAAAAUAGCAUCUAAUACAGAAGCACCAGAAGAUAAAAAUAUCACAGUUGGAGAAAGCGUUGUUAGUUAUUUAAAUAAUGUAUAGAUUUGUUAUAUUAAAUUAGAUAAUUACAAUAAUAUAGUUGAUUUUAAAUCUAAUAAUUGUAUUCUUUUGUGCUAUAGAAAGAUAUCCAAUAUCAAUCACAUAUAAUAGAGGAUAGACAAAUGCAAAAAGAGUAUAAAUCUUAAAAAAAGAAGCAGGAUUUUAAAUAUCUUGGUUAACAAUGAAAUAUUAUAGUAUGAUAGGAUUUUUUGAAUCUGAAUUUUAAGAAGAUAAAGUUAAUCAAAGUAUAAUCAAGAAAUUAAUUUUGGUGAUAUUUUUUGACUUUGACAAUUUUUAUAAUGUAAGAUAUUUUUUAAUCUUAAAAUAUAGAUCUGCAUAUUUGGCCUAACAGUUUAUGCUUUUUUUAAUCCUUACAUUUAUGCUGUAAUCUUAUUAGAUAUCAUUAAAAGAUCUGAGGAUCUUUAAAAUAUUAUUAAAUCUAUUACAUCGAAUGGUAGAAAUUUAGCAAUCUUUUCCUUCUUAGGAUUAAUAGGUCUAUUAAUUUAUGCUAUUAUUGCAUUCUCUAAUUUUAAUCAGAUGUUUGAUGCUGAUGAAGGUGUUUUUGGUUAAACUUUCAUUCUUGCUGUUACUUCAACUAUUAAUUUUGGAUUGAGAAAUGGUGGAGGUUUAGGAGAAUCAUUAACUAGUUAUCCUGAUGCUUAUGAUGAUCCUACUUUAUAUUGGGGCAGAUAUUUCUUUGAUUUUACAUUUUUCAUCAUUUUUAACAUCCUUUUUAUUUAAAUCAUAUUUGGUAUUAUUUUGGAUACUUUUGGUGAAUUAAGAGAUGAAAGACAAGCUUUAGUUAAAGAAAUUGAAGGCAAGUGUUUUAUAUGUAGCUAAGAAAAAAAUGAUAUUGAUACUAAGUAUAAUAUAUCUUUAUUAUUUUAAUAGAGGUACUAAAGGAUGGCAUUAUCAUAUUUAUUUGGAACAUAGUGUAUAUCAUAUGCUAUAUUACAUAAUUUAUAUUAAAAAUAAAGAUCCAAAUGAUUGCAAUUCGUUAGAAAAAUAUGUUAAUAAAUGUAUCAUUGAAAAAGAAACUAAAUUUUUCCCUUUUGGUAGAGCCCUCUAAACAGAAGAAUUAGAUAAUGAUGAAGAAAUAAUAGAAAAAUAAUGA